AUGUCUCCCUCCCGCCUCUCUCCCUCCCGCCUCUCUCCCUCCCGCCUCUCUCCCUCCCGCCUCUCUCCCUCCCGCCUCUCUCCCUCCCGCCUCUCUCCCGCUCGCCUCUCUCCCGCCCCUCUCACUCUCAACCCUCCGCCCCCUCUCCCCGCGGACUCAUCAAAUUUCCCCCCUUCUCCCCACCCCCUUUGCCCCCUCUCUCCACGUGCAGAAAAUUGUGUACGUGGGAGGCAGCUCGAACCGGUUGUUUUCCCUAAAAUCGUGUACGUGGGAGGCAGCUCGAACCGGUUGGUGUCCCCAUGGGGUUUCGCAAUGAAGGACUGGAAGGCACCCAAGGUGCUGCCUGGCGACAGCCUAGUGCUCCAGUGGUCGGGCGAGGUGCACUCGGUGCACAAGGUCAGCGCGGCUGAGUAUGCCGCAUGCACGUUUGUCAAGGCGAAGCAGCUCGCACGCAACCGCAACUACGGGAGCUACUGGUACAAGGUGAACUGGAGGGAGUACGGCAAGACCAUCUACUUCAGCAGCAAGGCCAACAAGGACUGCAGCCUCGGGAUCAAGCGCUCAUGUUUUCCUCUUUUCUCACCCGCGACCUUCUCCUCCUCCCCCCCUUCACUCCUCCCGCGACGCCCUACCCCUCCCCCUUCCGCAAUCUCCGAUGUGCGCCCCGUGCCCGCGGCCGCCGAUGUCCGCCUCUCCGGCGACGAUGAUCAACGGUCACCGCCAUUCGCCGCUCGCUCCUUCUCAGGCAGCGCCGAGGCGCAGAAAGUGGUGUAUGUGGGGGGCAAUAACGGCCGGUGGCUGUCACCAUGGGGCUUUGCGGUGAAGGACUGGAAGGCGCCCAAGGUGCUGCCUGGCGACCUGCUAGGUACGUCCGUGUCCGAGUUGGGUGCUGCUGCUGCUGCUGCCGCUGGUACUACCGCCCAAGUGCAGCAAUUGACAAUGGUGGUUUUCGAGUGGGCGGGGAGCGGUAACGCUGUCAGGAAGGAAUUUUGA